AUGGCGGUCCCAAGAGCCCACAGGGGCGGUGAUUCCCAAGGUCUAGCAGGGGCGGUGGCGGUCCGGGGUUUCCCCAGGGUCGGUGGCACUUCCAGGGGCCUUCCUAAGGGUGUCGGUGCCCCCAGGGACCCUGUCUGUGGCGGCGGCAGCCUUAGGGAACCUCCCUGGUGCGACUAUGCCAUAAGGGACCCUCAUAUGGUCGGCGGUGACCCUAGGGGCCCUCCCAGUCCAGGUACCGCCCUAUGGGGCGCUGCCAGGGCUAAGUCGCCCCCAGUGACCCUCCCAGGGGACCCUCUCUGGCGGCAGAAGCCUCAGGGGACCUUCAAGUGCAACUACGCCCAGAGGGACACACAUAGGGUCGGCGGCGACCUAGGGGCCCUCAGGCAAGUCCUUGACCCAUGGGGCGCUGCCAUGGUUUGUAGUGCCCCAGUGACCCUCUCAGUGAUGGUGGCAACCACAGGGGCACUCCCAGGGGUGACAGUGCGACCAGGAGCCCUCCCAGGAGCAGCGGUGCCCAUAGGUGUCCUAACUAGAGCGUCGGCGCCCCCAGGGGCCCUCCUUAAGGGUAGCAGUCACCCCAAAUGCGGUGGCAUCCACAGUUGCCCUCCCAGGGGCGAUGGCGCUCCCAGGAACCCUUACAGGGGCGGUUAUUCCCUCAAGGGGUCUAGCAGGGACGGUGGCGCCCCCAGGGGUUUCCCCAGGGUCGGUGGCACUUCCAGGAGCCUUCCUAAGGCGGAAGCCUCAGGGGUCCUCCCAGGUGCAACUAUGCCCAGAUGGACACACAUAGGGUCGGCGGCGACCCUAGGGGCCCUCCCAGGGAAGUCACCGACUCAUGGGGCGCCGCCAGGGUCUGUAGCGCCCUCAGUGACCCUCAAAGUGAUGGUGGCAACCACAGGGGGCACUGCCAGGGGCGGCUGCACCCCUAGGGGCACACACAAUGGCGGCGGCACUUCUAGGGGCCAUCCCAGGUGUGGCAGCGCCCCCAGAGGCCCUCCCAGGAGUGGCGUUGCUCCAGAGGCUUGGUAUUGGUAUCGUUCAUAA